UUCAGUCAGUCACUGAUUGACUGCAGACCUGCAAUCUCGUGUUCUGUUGGGAGCUCUCGGGUGCCGAGAGAGCUGCAACCAAAAAUAAAAGUGAGAUGAUAUAAAAGUGGCAAGAGGUGCCGUGAAAAUGUGCUAAAGCAGAAAGGAAAAAAAAGUGAACGGACGUGAAAAUUUCUAUUCUCUUCAUUCUAUUUAUGGUGAACUAAAUUCUACCAGUGUCAAAUAUUUUCUCCUGCCAGGUUGAACGUAGGGAAGUUGGAGUGUCUGCGAAGAGAACAGACGAAGAAAUUUACUAGCGAAGAAAAAGUUUGCUUCGAACAGUGGUGGCCAAUACAAUACCCAAGAUAGGAAAAUUUCGUGAUCAAGCGCAAAAAAAGCUGGUGAAAAUAAAAGUAAAGGUUAUACGAAUUCCCAUUUUAGCUCAAAUGUUUUCGAUUUAGUACUAGCCAUUUUGUCCUAGUAGUGUUAGUUAUAGUGCGAGAAAAGUGCAUUUAAAUAGUAAGAAAUUUAGGCAACGCACGCCACACCAACACCACUACUGUAGCAACAUAGAUAAUGACCGCAGCAGUUAUGGCAACAGACGGAAGCUUUGACCCAGUGAUUUCCAAAUUGAUCACAUCACUUAAGGAAGCGGAGAGUCUGUCGGAAGAGCAGGACCUUGGUUUUUUGCAGAAUCUACUCCAGUCGAAGGAACUGAAUGCCUUGGUCAAUGUGCACAGUAAGGUGGCCAAAAUCAACAAGGAUGACCGGAUAGCACCGCUUUUGUCCGCGUCAAUGCAGGUACUCAUAGAAGUGUUAGAACUACUAGCGUCAAGAUGUCACAUUUCACCGCUGUGUAAAGAAGUGUUCCACCUAUUGCAAACACCUCACCUACAGAGUCUCCUAUUCGCACACGAUGCCAUUGCGCAGAAAGACUUUUUUCCGCACCUGCCGGAGAUACCCGUCGAGGUGGACGAGGACGAGGAAACUAUUAAAAUCGUACAACUAGUAAAAAGUAACGAACCACUGUGUGCUGGAGCACAAAGUGCGGAACCAAUUGUAGGUGCCACAAUCAAAACGGAUGAGGAAACGGGCAAAAUUAUCAUCGCACGAAUUAUGCAUGGUGGCGCAGCCGAUCGAUCCGGGCUGAUCCACGUGGGCGACGAGGUCAUCGAGGUUAACAACAUCAACGUGGAAGGGAAAACCCCCGGUGAUGUGCUGUCAAUACUGCAAAACUCGGAAGGAACUAUAACGUUCAAACUUGUGCCAUCCGACGGCAAACUGGAUCAGCGGGAGAGCAAAGUGCGCGUCAGAGCACACUUUGAUUACGAACCGGAAAACGAUCCCUACAUACCGUGCAAGGAAGCAGGCCUGGGCUUCGUGCGGGGAGAUAUUCUGCACAUCGUGUCACAGGAUGAUUCCUACUGGUGGCAAGCUCGACGCGAAUGUGAAAAGUCUACUCGUGCCGGUUUGAUUCCCAGCCGCGCUCUCCAGGAACGGCGCAUUCUGCACGAACGCACGCAGAAGGAAACCAACGGAGAAACUAAAAAAGGAUCAUGUGCUUCUAUCUGUUCGACACCUCCCGGUUCACCUAAUCCGAACAAUCCUUGUCGGGGGCCCAAAACUAAAAAGAUUAUGUACGAUACAGCGGAGAACGAUGACUUUGAUCGGGAGCUGAUCGCCACCUACGAGGAGGUUGCCAAACUGUAUCCCAGGCCAAGCGUGUACCGACCAAUCGUGCUGAUUGGGGCACCCGGAGUAGGACGUAACGAGCUGAAACGGAGGCUUGUCGCAAGGGAUCCAGAGAAAUACAAAAGUCCAGUGCCAUAUACAACCCGCCCGGUUCGUCCCGGUGAGGUCGCCGGUAGGGAGUAUCUUUUCGUGACACGUGAAAAAAUGGAGAGCGACGUUACCAGCGGAAAGUUCAUCGAACACGGUGAAUACAAGGGUCACCUAUACGGAACGUCCGGCGAGAGUGUGAAGAGUAUCGUGAAUGCGGGCUGCGUAUGUGUGCUCAGUCCACACUACCAGGCACUGAAAUCGUUGAGAACACCCCAACUGAAGCCCUACAUCGUUCAUAUCCGACCGCCGGCAUUCGACAAGCUCAAGCAAACUCGCACCAAGGCUCGUGCCCGUUCAACCUUUGACGAGUCGAAUUCAAGAGGAUUUACGGACGAAGAAUUCAAUGAAAUGAUCAAAUCGGACGAACGGAUCAACUUCCUGUACGGUCAUUUUUGCGACGACGAAAUCGUCAACGAAGAUCUGACGGAAGCGUUCGAAAAGCUGGUUAGUCUGGCCAACAAGUCCGAAACGGAAUCGCUGUGGGCUCCGGUCAGUUGGGUACAAUGAAGGCACAUUUGCUCUGCUGCCACCGAACCGGAGUUUGUUGAGCUGACGUGAAGCGGUACGGAAUCAUCUGUUCCGGAAGAUCGGUAUAGUUCCGGGUUUUUGGUUCAUCGUUUGCUACGGUCAUCGGAGGAGUGACACUUCGGAAUUCAUAUAAAUCAAACCAAAUCGGAAACGAAUAACUUUAGUGAGUUCAGUUUAGUUCGUCGUUGAAGUAUCUGUUUUGUUAUGUUUUUUUUUUUUUUACUUAAAUGUUUUGCGUCGGAGACACCGAUUUCUGGCAACCCACAGAGAACCAAACGUCCAUCUAGAAUAUAAUUUACAAUAAUUUUGUAUCUUUUAGUGGAAUAGCGUAGGAACAAUCGAGUUUUGGUUACCAGUUUUUCUUCAUUUCAUGGGGAUUCAAGUGUGAAAUUAUUUAUCAUCAAAAAUUGUAAAUUAUUUUUAGGAAAUAACAAGAUUUCUCGAUAGGAUGCGUGCCUAGUUUCGAACUUAAUAUUGUUUGAUUUGAAUCACUAAUACAUAACUGAAUUUGGAAUACUAGACAAUAUUUUAGUUUAGGUACUAUGAGUAAAAUCAAUGCGUUCCACACUGCCCUUGAAUUCAAAGCUAGCGAAGACGCGGUCGGUCGGUCACUUUCGGGUAUAAUUUUCAUAACUUACAAAAUGAAACAGCGACAAUCCGCUGAGAUUUCGCUUCAAAUAUACUGAUCUGAACCAUCUUUUACUGUGUCAUUUAAAUAUACUUUUAUCGGUACAUAGUAGUUUAUCGUAAGCCAUCCCAGAGUAAAGUUGGAUGCAUGAAAAAUUCUUAAUUCAUUCUCUACUAGCCAAAUCCUGCCUGUGCUUUCCUAAUCAUUUCCGAAUCCGAUGCAGCUCUAGUGUUUAACUAAAGUUCCAACCACUAGCUUCUUCGUUUUAUUUCUUCGUUUGAGGCUUCUAUUGAAUAAAGACUGUAUUUAAAAAAAUUAGACACACAAAACUGGCCGUCGAAAGUUUAGUUCAAAUCUAAUUAAAUUCGAUUUUUUAGGGAAAAUGUCAUUACUGUAUAUCAUACCAUAACCUCAACUCCAAACCAAAUUUGGACGUUUAGACCUUUGACUCUGCGUACUUAUGUGGCCAACUUGUUUUGACAGUUUCAAAAACUUAAGUAUUGUGAAAACUAUCAUCGUUAUUUUUAUUUUUUCAACGCUUUGUCUUCUUCUCCUCAGUGCAUGAACAGUAUAGAACUGCUAGUGCAACUUGGUAGUUCAACAUAAACCGCUGAGUAAAUAUUUUGUACCAGUCUCUAAUCUAGAAAUGUUAUUUGGAAAGUAAUUAUCUCUGAUACAAUGAUAGACUGACUCUGUGUGUCACAUCGAGAGUUGUAAAACUUCAUUCAAUUCAAUUGAAACCGAAUUUGGAACACACUGACAAUCUCUCUACUGCAGUAAACUUCACACUCUAACACACAACCUUUGCUGCAGUGCCGAACGGGCAGCAUUCAGUUCUUCAAUCGUUUCUCUCCUCUUCAAAGCUCAUCUUAUCCACCGUCAGUUGAUCUUUUGAAGUAAAAAAAACAUCUCUUUCAAUACUGUGAGAUCUGUUUUCAACUGAGGUUCAUGUAAACAUUCGAAUUGGUGCAAGAUAAUAGAUAAAAAGGCAAACCAGUCAUGAUAGUUGAAAUAUCAAUUACAGUAUGAACAUAAAUUUUUUUUUGUUUCGAUUAUAGAGGCUUUAACAUUAAUGUCAUUCGCCUCUUUGGGCCAGAAAAACUUUCUGACCCUAUGUGCGGGGUUGGGAAUCGAACCCAGGCGGGCUGCGUGAAAGGCAUCGACUUACCCAUCACGCAAAACCCGUCCCCCCAUAUAUAAAUUAUUUGUUUCCUCCUUCAGUUUUCAUUUCUAAUACUUUGGAGCAACAUCUCAUUACAUUCCAAACAGUUGAAAAUUAUCGAUUUUAACUUGAUGUUUGAAAAUUAUCGAUUUUAGCUUGAUGAUUGAAAAUUAUCGAUUUUAGCUUGAAAAUUAUCGAUUUUAACUUGAAAAUUAUUGAUUUUAAUUUGAUAAUCCAAAACUCAAAUGUUAACCGCCACCCUCUAUUUAUAAUUCUGACCGGAGAGAAUUGCUGAUUUUGAGUUGAUGUUUGUACCUAUUCAUUCGAACUUGCUCACUACCAACAGCGAAGACAAUGAAGCAGCUAGACGACUUGGCACUUGAAACUGAGCAAGCAAAACUGACUAGUUACGAUUAAUUCUUGCGGCUUCACUUGAGAAUGACAACAAAAGUGAAUUUCAUUUUCAUCUUAUAUUAUUCGAUGGAAAAUGGAAUUUUACCGCACUGGUCUCAUCGCCUUUUUUAGUUUUGAUAAUACGUAGAGCCGUCGUAAACUAGUUUCAGUUUUUUACCAGUAUUCAACGAGUUGAACAAAUUCGGAAAAGACUGAAGAAUGAAGGAGUGAAAUAGAAAUUUCGCGAAAAAAUUACCGCAAAGGCGGGAUUUGAGCUCGUACUAUUUCUAUCCGGGGAGCUCUCCAAUUGCAACCUAUGCGAUCAAACGAGUUUUGGUUACCGGGUUUUCACUUGAAUCUUGGUUUAAGAAAAUUACUCUCGCCAUUUCGACAUGAGCCCCAUUUUGAAGAUUUUGACCACUAAUUCCGACGGGUCGAAACCCAGAAACCAGGAAUUCGUAUUUCCAAAGUGAGUUUGUGUAGCCAUCAACUGAAAAGACUUGUGAAUUAGAAGAAUAUUUUGACUAGUCUUAAGAAACUAGCUUAAGCUUACAUCUUCAUAUAUGAAAGCACACAUAAAUGAUGAUUCAAAAUCUUCAACACUCAUCACCUCGUAUCUCCGAGACGAGAAAACGGAUCCGAAUGAAAUUGAACCACAAGAUUUUUUGUUUGGAUUAUUUCUCGUUUCGUUUAUAAAGGUUUCGGGUCAGCAGAUAAGCAGCAGACUUGUUCUGUAUUUUCAAGUUCUCAAAUUGAAGCAUUCGCAAAUUUUUCGGCAUUUUUAUUUCAAUUCUUGUAUCGACACUUUCGUCGGCUUGCUUGACUCUUUUGACUAUCAUGAUCACAAGUAGGCCUGAUUUCACCUCAUUUUUUCGGCAAAUGAGGAAAAUUUGUUAUUUAAAUUAAAAAGAACUGGUUGAUGAUGGGGUCCAUAAGAGUCUAAUAAGAGUCGAGCAAAGAUAAAGCCAAAAGGCACCAAACGAGAAAAGUAAUUAAGCAUUAUAUUUUGCGUCAACAUUGAAGAGGAGAAUUGCUAUCAAAGAACAAAAUGUGAUCUUCACAGUAAAUGGAUCUUCAAAGUACAUCGUCGUGAUUUAUUUCUGCAACACUCGAAUUAAGAACAGAAUCGUAAACAGGAAUAGCUCUUGAAAUCAACAUUACUUAAUAUAUGAAUCUUGUGCAUAAUUGAAGUCUGAGUAAAUUAUUAGUUUCAAUGCUUACACUACACAGUCUAGAAAUUUCUGAUAAUUCACCAGAAAUAAAUUCUCAAAAUUUCUCCUAUCUAUCUCUUAAGUUUGUGUUUUAAAAAAAUCGGAAAAAUGAACUGAGGUAAAUGUUCUUUCAAAAAUUUAGCAGCACACUUCAUUUCAACUUUUUAUAUUUUUACUCUUAUAUAAAACCAACCCGAAUAUUGACACGAACUCAAGUCGAAAUCAAAAGUCAUUUCAAGUUCAUCAAAUUAGCCGGGUUGCAAAAGCAAAUUAGGUUUUGCACAAACAUGCCACAACCUCACAAAAUGAACAGAAUGAAUUUUUUUGACAGUCGACGUGUACUUGUUUACAGUUUAGAAGUUCAUCAGAGGUUCAUCGUUCGAAUGUAAAACUUGCAAAUCGCCUCACACUAAACAGAUUCAUACAUAUAUCGCUCCUUAAUGCUGGAAACACAUACAGGGCAAUCUUUUUAGUUCUUUUCACUGUGAAAUACGUUUUCAACAGGCACUUUUUCGUAAUUUUCAAUUUUUAACUUGCAGUCGCAAAACAAAACAAGUACACGGCAAUUAGGUUUUGCACGAACAUACCAUAACCUCACAAAAUGAACAGAAUGAACUUAUUUUGACAGUCGACGUGUACUUGUUUACAGUUUAAAAGUUCAUCAGAAGUUCAUCGUUCGAAUGUAAAAAUUGCAAGUCGCCUCAUUCUCAACAGAUUCAUGCAUAUAUCGCUCCUUGAUGCUGGAAACACAUACAGGGCAAUCCUUUUAGUUAUUUUCACUAUGGAACACGAUUUUAACAGGCACUUUUUCGUCAUUUUUCAAUUUUUUACUUGCAGUCGCAAAACAAAACAAGUACACGGCAACUGUCAAAGAUGAACUUGAUUCAUCGGCAGUUCAUUUGUGUCGUCAUCGUGCAAAACCUAACUGUCAAAGAUGAAUUUGAUUCAUCGGCAGUUCAUUUGUGAAGUCAUCGUACAAAACCUAAUAUAAAAACAAAUGUAGUGCACAGUGGUUCAAAAGUCCAAUUUCAAGCUCUUAAUUGUAAACACGUUGAAAAUGUUGUGUAGUUUUUAAAAACUCAUGGAAAUUGAAAAUAUACAAGUUUUCUCACAAAAACUGGUUUUGGGACACCCUUUUCAGAAAAUGCAUUAUAUCAUGAAUUACACUCAAGUUACGGGAAUAGUACCACAAACGAAUUUCCAGACAUGACAGUCACGAUCUUUUUUGGCGCACAUUUACGGUCCUCCGUGAAACUGGCACCAAUGGUGAUAAAUUGGUUGCACUGCUGAGUUCCCAUCAUCGCAUUCAUAAUGCGAAUGUCAAACCGUGAGAACCCUUUCGAUACGUUAGCUCAUUUGUAUAAAUUGAGAUUUCAUGGCACACUUUGGUCGAAAUGAUAACAAUGCAAAAAAUCUCGCGCUCCACCAAGCGGUGAGUGCGGUCAUUUUAGAAGGUACCGGGAACGGACCAGAUUUUUUUUAAUAUUUGUAAGCACAUACAUGUCUUUAUUAUUUAUCUUUGAUAGUACCUUCUGCAAAUUUAUUUGAAAUGACUAUUUGCACAACUUUAUUGAAGUUACUUAGCCCCGAUGAUGGCUCUGAGAUAAAAUAAUAUUUUUAUCUCACUUUUAGGGAGAUGAUUUAAUAAAGACAAAAUUUCCAAAAAAUGAGCAACUUUGCUGAAGAUACUGUACCUCGAAAACCACAUUUUUAACGUGUUAACAAUUAAGAGCGUAAAAUUGCACUUUUGAACCACUGUGCAGUGGCCGGGUUCCCAGCUUGACGGAUUUUCUCUUCGCGUGGCUCCUAUUAUAACAGGGUUGAGGACAGCUUUUUGUACGUCCGAAAAAGUAAAUUCAUUAAAAACGCAGUAUGGUUUCAAUUCAAUCCACCUUUUUACAUACAUCUGCGUUCAUUCGGAGUCGUUUGUAAAAUUGAUGGUCUUACAAGAUGAUGUUAGGAACGAAGUUAAGUUUAAUGAAGUUGAUGUUUAAAAGCUAUCAACGGUUUGUUUACGUUACCAGUUACAUGCAUUUUAAUUGGAAUAAACCCGUAAAUAAACUACUGAUUGCUAUCAAUCGUGUAAACCAUAAUUCUAAAUGAAAAUGGUUUGCCUAAAUGACUUUGAUUUGAGUUUCAUUCCGAGUAAGACAAGUCGUAGAUAGGGUAAAAUGCACCCCCGGAACAAAAUGCGCCCCUUGCUUUUCGCAGACGUUACUCAUUUUUUCUUCACAGAAAUUUUACUGAUACUGAUAGCUUAUCAAGGCAGGAGGCUACGAAGUAAUGGUAGCUAUGGGUUGAAUAAUAGAUUAACAAUGACAACAUUUACAUUUAGUUUUAGGUGUCCGUGCCAUAGUUAGGGUUAUCACCUAGGAUGCUUCCCUCGCCCGGCAGCAAUUUUUUUGGAAACAGAUGCUACAUUUGGUGAUUUUCGGCAUUGCAUAAAUUGUGCUGUACUUCCUGAUUCUAUAGACGUAUUUGAGUACUAGUUUUACCUUAUUUUUAUCACAUUGUUUGUAGUAUGUAUUUAACUAUACAUCUAAUUACGGGAAUCUCAACGAUGCGUGGGUUAUGCGCAUUGCUUUGUUUAAGUGAUCAGGUUCUUUGAUUAACAACAAUGUGUCAGCCCAUGAGUGCUUAUUAGUGGACUUAUGGCUCUCGAAUGGUGAGAUUUAAUUUUCCAUUGGAGCGAAGACUGAUCAAAAUGAAAAUUUUGUUUAAGCCGUCAUGCUUUCAACUCUGCCAGCAUAAUUCGACACAAAAUCUUAAAAAGUAUCUGUCAAGAGCAUCAUUCCUUUUAAUUAAAUGUAAACAAAUCGAUAAUGUAUACUUGAUUAGGCCAUUAAUCUCACUUUUGUCACAUUUAUUUGCACUAUAAAAUUUUAAUAUUGGUUCUCGCUGUGGUUGUUAUAUCCAAAGACCUGACUAAAGCAGCCAAAAAUUGGAUUUGAUUUUAUGCCACUCGGUAGACGAAAAAAGCCAUAUGCAAGUAAACUACAUCGACUAUGCAAAGUGUAAAUGUAUAAUGCUUUGUUCAAUCAGUUGUCCCUUGAAAUGCAUUUAAUCACAUCCCAGAAUAGUAAAAUUGGAAAAAACAGUACCGAUGGGUCGAAGCUGAGGGCAAUUUGGAGGAUUGAUAUUUUUUCAACGAAAUUUAUACCCUUUUCCGCAAGCCAAUUUAGAGUGGUUUUGGCAUAGUGAGCCGACGCUAAAUCCUGCCAAAACAGUGGAGGUGUACUAUGCUUCUUAUAUAAAGGCAGAAAUCUCUUCUGGAGACACUCAGAUCGAUAGAUUUCUGCAUUUAUAGUUCCGGUAGUGUAAAAAAUGGUUGACUUCAAACCACAGGAACAUAUUGCUUGCCAUAUCAGUAUCUUUCGACCGAGUUUCUCUACUUGAAUCGACCUGUCCGCAUCGCUCACAUCCUCCCCAACAACGACAGUUAAGCAUUGUGGACCUGAAAGGAUUUUUGAGUUCCUCCCAUCGUCCAUCAAAACGCAUGCAUCCGUACACUGCAAAAGACGCGAAUAUAAUUUCCGGGCCCUUGUUGCUCGCUUCUUCUGUUCUACACUUUGUUUCGCGAUUUUCUGCCUCUUGUGGGUCUUCAAGUGAUUUCGCCUCUUGAUAUGCUGGAUCAUUCCGACAUUCGUUCCUGUUUUUUGGCCAAAUCACGUAUUGACAUUGAUUUUUUCUUCAAGGCUAGAGAUACCACUUUCUAGACUAGUUUCGGGUUGGAAAAACCGGGUUUUCUGCCUCUUUCCGGUAACUCAUCCAACGACUAGUGUUCUACAAACUUAUUAAUGAUGGUUUUACCACUGGCAUGAUGAAUUCCAAACCUUAAUUUCCUUUUCAAUACGCGACAUUUUGAAAACGCGGAAUUUCAACCGCACAAACAAGUAAACAUACGAAAGCUAACAGCCAAACACACAGCAUGCUGUAAUCUGAACAUAAAAAAACAUCACAAUUGCAUGCGUACAACACGAAUGUUUGUGGAUAGCUUAUUUUCGAUACACUCCUUAUGUAUCUAACUAUACAUCUAAUUACGGGAAACUCAACGAUGCGUGGGUUAUGCACAUAGUUUUGUUUAAGUGAUCAGGUUCUUUGAUUAACAACAAUGUGUCUAAUUGAGCUAAGUUAAUAAUAAUUUUACGCCAUAUCACUUUGCAAGCGUAUGCGUAAUGUCAACAAUCUUCUUUUCCUGAUUUUAAUCAAUAAAUUUUCCAUAUGGUUGAAAAAUAAACCAACCAGUUCAUUCUGCUUAGAGUUGCAAUUUAAGAGAAGUGAAAAUCUUAGUCAAAAACUCCUCCGAUUUUCUGAAAACUGCUCGAGAAAAAUUAUUUCAGUUUCAGCUUACGUCCACUAACACAUUAGAUAAGCAACGCACACAUUCCUUUAUGGAUUUUCUCUUGCAGAAAUUAUUGCGAAAUAAAGAUUUACGUACCUUCUUUUAGUAAUCCCGUAACAUAGUAACCUUCAAUUUAGCACGCGAAAGGCGAUGGAUAUGGUAGAUUUGUUUAUUUUGUGUAGCGCGAUCUAAUAUAAAUGCAUUGAAGCAGUGUAGCCAACUAUUUUAUUAGGGAAUUAAAAUCUACAGUAAUAAAAUAUAAGCAAUUUUCCAUUGAACAUUCGUGAAAAAUUGAUCAAAACUGAAAUUUCAUCCAAAAAGUCAGGAUUAACAUUCGUUUAAGAUUAAAUUAUUGCUAAAAAAGAUUGCUCGAAACUCAAUCGUUCAAGCAACUUUGAUAAACUGGUUGCACUGCAUAUAUAAAUACGCAAUACACAAAUUACCAACACAAGUAAACUUGGUUUACAUUUCAUCCCUAAGUCCGGCAGCCCGGCAGCUACAUCUAGGCCCAACACUACCGGGCGAGGCCCGUGCAGGUGGCAACCCUAGUGAUGGCAUUUCACUAGAGUGAUACACCAGUGCGUAACUUUCAUUUCUACACUGCGGAUACAUUUGGUGUACUCCACACAUAGAGGAAAGCGCACUUCUUCUCAGUGUCCAUUAUACAGACUUUGAGUGUGCGCUUGUGUUGAAAGAAGCUGGUGCUAGAGAACCACAUUCUCUUCACAUGAAUCGCUCCCACGUGCUCUCUCCUAAAUACACCCAAGUGAUCACUGGCGCGUGAUGGUGAGCGAACACUUCUGUGAACUUCAAUUAAUAGAGCAUAGAUCUUGCCUUGCUAUGAAAAAUUUGCGAGGAAAAACGAAAAUUCAACAAAAAAUUGUUUUAUUUUGCUGAUUUUACGUACCCCACGUUACUUAUACGCAAACCAUUUGCUUGCUCUUCGUCACACAGAGGAGAUGGACAUCUCUGUUAAAGAAUGUCCCAGAAAGUAUGGACGCACUUUGAUUUCGCUGUAAAUAAUUCACAAGUUUUAAAUAUUCAAUUUUUUUCGAUAUACUGAUAAUAUUAGACUACAACAAAAGAAUAAGCUGGCGCACCUUCUUGCGAACGUUCCUCAUUAAAUUCCGUACAGACUUCUUGGCGACAAGUUUUGACACUUUUUUUUAAUCUUUUACGAACUGUUGAAUGGUUUCGGCUGCCGAGACAUGUUUCCUAAGAUGUGCCUUGGUUAAUGCCCAAAAUUCCUCAAUUGGUCGAAGUUGUGGGCAAUUUGGUGGAUUCAUGUCUUUUGGGACGAAAGUUACAUUUUUGGUAGUAUAUCAUUCUUCCGUUGAUUUCGAGUAGUGGCAAGAAGCAAGAUCUCGCCAGAAGACAACAGGAUCCUUGUGGUUUCGAAUCAUGGGUAGAUGUCGUUUUUGUAAACAUUCCUUGAUGUAUAUUUCGCCGUUCAUUGAAACAGUGGUGAUGAAGGGUUUCGAAAUCUUACCGCAGCUACAAAUUGCUUGCCAGACCAUAGCCUUCUUACCAAAUUUUUCGACUUCAAUCGAUGUCUCGGACUGGUUUAACGCUUGCCCUUCUUGCACCGUAUAAAAUUGUGGUCCCGACAAGGAUUUGUAAUCGAUUUUUCAAUUUUCAGCCAGAAUCGUGUUUUACAGCUUUCGAAACCUCGGCCUGAUCGAUGCUUCUUGUUUCGGACUACGUUUUGGUUGUAUCAGCUUCUUAUAGGUUCGAAGAUUCAAACGUUCUUUAGCACGAAGAACAUUUGACUUCGAAGUGCCCAAGUGCCCGGCCAUACUUUCUGGGACAGUCUUUAGUCAUAGCAGAAAAUUUUUGAAUUUCAUAUGAAUCUGACUUCUGGUCUCGGAAUUACAGGAAAAACUACAAACUCAAAAGUUUGCUUUUAUAGAAGAAUGUAUAAAGAUGAGCAAACUUCUCAAAAGUAGUAUAUCAAUUCCAACAACCACACAAACUCACAAGUACUUUACUCACCUUUCUCCGAGAUGGCUUAACUAAUUUUCUCAAACUUAGAUGCAAAUGAAAAAUCUUACCAUCCUUUACAAAAUUCUUGAAUUUUGUAAGAAUAUGACUUCCGAUUCCGGAAUUACAUUGUGAUGAUUGUUUGAAAUGUUAAGCCGCCGUUUAGAGCAAUGAUAAAAAAUACGGAAAAAUUCUGCUAAAUUGGGCUCAAAACUGUUUCAAUGCAUAAGUCCUGUUAGUUACUGGACAUACGAACCGACUUCGACAAUACCGAUCCCCGGAAUGCCAUUUGGCAAGUACUCACUUUUCUCAGAGAUGGCUCAACCAAUUUUCACAAACAAAAGGACCAAAUAAAAGGUAUUCUGAAACUACAGGGAAAAGUGUGUUUGAAAUUCCAAACCGUCAUUUAGACUACUUAGAAAACGGAAAAAAAUCUUCCUAUUUUGGUUUUAGAUUUGUAGGCUAUGCAAGUUUACACAGAAACAGCCUUCCCUGCUUCAAAUCAAUGAGCUGUUUUUUUAAGAAUUCCACAGUAAUGAGAAAGACAUCAUCACUCUACUUGGUAGGUUAAAAUAGAGGUUUUGAAUACUAACGAGACCGUUUUUUUUUUGCUUAUGGCCUUGUUACUGCUUGCUGAUCGAGCUUCGAUCUGUUUUUAAAGACACAUGUGAGUUUCAGGGUUUUGAAAAAUUAAAUAUUUAUUGAAAUUUUAUAUUGAAAUUGUAUUUCGAUUUGAAGAAACUUGUUUACGCAUCAGGUUUCCCACGUUGACGAGGCAAAUUAACUGUCAAUGAAACAAGCUUUUUAUUGUCCGCUACUAGGUUUUACACAAACAUGACAUAACCUCAAAAAUAAACAGAAUAAACUUUUUUUGACAACCGCCGUUGGUUUGUUUACAGUUUAAAAAUUCAUCAGUGGUUCAUCGUUUGAUUUUAAAAAUUGCAAGUCGCCCACACUAAACUGAUUUAUUCAAAUAUCUCUCCUUGAUACUGGAAACGCAUACAGGCAAUCCUAAAAAUAAUUAGGUGUAAAACCUAAUUGGUGAUAUGGAAAUAACAUGUGAACAAACCACCGAUAGCUGACAAACGAUGUUCAUCCUGCACAUUUUGCGAGGAAAUGUCAAUUUCGUUCGAAACCUAGUUGUCCGGUCUUCUGACUGUAACCGCUUGAUCAAUUGCGAUGAUGCCAUGACAGCGUGAGCAGUACACUGUAAGUUAGUUUCAAACAAAAUCGCAGCAAUUUUUUUCCGACACGCUAUAAAACACCAAUUUAUCGUUUGUGUAUCUCUUAUUUUUUCAAUACAGUCUUUAUAUGAUUUCUGAUAGAACUAAUUAGUUUACUGUUGGUUAAAAAGAGCAGAUGUAUUUCUUCUAGCAUCUGGAAUGCUUUAUUAAAUUUGGCUUUAUGAAUCUAUCGGCUGAGUGUGUCGUACUAAUUAUUUCGAUCUAUCUAAUUAACAAAUGUUAAAUUCUGUAAUCGACCUAUUAGUUUCUGUUUACCACUGUAUCAAUAAUAACCACAUUCUAGUUGCGUCUUAGUACCUAAUCUAACCGAAAAAAAUCCAUUGCGAAAAUUAAGAGAGUUAAUCGCUUUCCUUCCCAAACUGGCCUGCAUAGAAACCCUGUACCAGAUAAUCAUGUCUACUUCGGUAAAACCCAGUGGAACAAUUCCUGCAACACAAAUAUUCCAACACGCAACGAGUAAAAAGAAACAAACAAAAAACUAAACCUUGCAGCAUUCUAACUCGCAAAAUAUAGAGUUGUAUAUUUUCCGAAAAUUUUAAAUCUUCAAACUUUUGCCUGUCUAUUUAAACUGAAAGAUAACGUUCUUUACCUUUGCCGAUAUAGCAUAUAGUGUUUAAAACAAAAAAUAAACAUAAACAGUUCGUUGUACUAAACAAGCAAAAAUAAAACAACAAAAAAUGUCUUUCCCCUUUUGAAACAAACCACGUCGAAUGCAAGAAUAAUAGCUACAAAAGAAAUACAAUUCAGAGCAGUUAGAGUAAGCAAAAAAGGAACUUUCUCUUACCGUAAAUUCUAAAUGAAACAAGAGCAGGAUAGUGUUAGCGAUUGCCAACAAAGAGAAGCUAGGUACGGUUCUGCGCAAGGAAGGAAUUCUACCAUAGCCAAACAACUAGGGAUAUGUACGAGACAAUAUAACCGCAAACCUAUACAAAUAUCAGCAAACAUGCGAAGGAAUGUGCUAUGUAAACUAUACUAAUUGUAAAAUAAUGAAGAAGAAAAAAACAUGUAACUCAUUGUACACACAAAUCAAGUAUAAAUACAUUUUCUGUUCGCCAACCUUGGGUAGUUCGUAGCAAGUAAGCAAAUAAAAACAAAACGCUGCUUAGGAACGAUUUUUCCAACCACUAUCGAUGUUCUCCGCUUUCUGCAUUAACUAGCGAAACUACCCCUAGCAAAAACGACAACAACAACAACAACAAAAUAUAAGACCUGAAGUCAUGAAACAAAACCCAACCAAAUUGAUGCCACAACAUACAAAAAAAAUGGAACCUAGUGCAGAGUUAAGAUGAUACAAAGUGAACUCACCAAAGGCCAGGAUGAGUCAUUGUGUGAACUUACAAAUUAACAAAACAGAGAGGAGAAAGGAACAAAAGAUAAAACGAUGUUGUUUGUUGAUUAGUUUUAGAGGCAAGGAAGAAGUUACAAAUUCAAACGAGACAAAAUGAGAUAACGUUUCUUUUCAGCUGCAUACAUGAUAAAGUCGAAACGAGAGAAAUAAAACUAUAAAUUUUACAACAAGAAACAGCUGGAUUAUAUAGUUCAUUGAAUAAACAUUCUUUACAAUCAUU